AGAGAUAGAUUUGGAGUGUUUUUCGAAGAAGGAUAAAUUUUUAUUACUUAUUAUUUUUUUCAUUUUUAUUUACAUAUAUCAUUUGGCAAUUAAUACGAUUUCAAUCUUAAUCAUUUCAUAUCCUGGUAUUGAAAUGUCUAUUGGACUUUCCAAAUCUCUGAGUUAUGUAAGUAAAGCAUAAUUAAUAUUAACAGCUAGCUAUUUUAUUAUCGUUCAGGUCAGAUGUUAAUCAAUCAGCAAAAUUAGCAAAGAAGCGUUACAUCACACCAGAAGGAGAAGAAAAGGAUUUUUAUUGUUGGAUAUGCAACCAGUACGAAGUUAAUGCAAUAUGCACUUUGUGUCCACGAUCUUAUCAUAAGAAAUGCUGCAAUUUAUUUGGUCAACUUCCAGAUAAAUGGGUAUGUCCAGAGUGUGAUUUAAAAAUAAAAUCGGAAUGUUUGGAGACCAGAAGUGAAACAAUAGCAAAUUUAUCAAUUAAAAAGCUAGCAAAACUCUUAGAAACUGCCUUAGAUAAUGUAUUUGCAGCGAAUUCGAAUCUAGAAUUAAAAGAGUUCAUUACACCAGUCGAUAAGCAGCUGAUAAAAGACUAUGAUCUAUACGUUAUUCAACCAAUGGACUUUUCUCUUAUUAGAAAAAGAAUACAAAAUUUUCAAUAUACUAGCACACAUUCAUUUCUAGCUGACGUUAAAUGGAUUUUACAUAAUUCCUCUGUCUAUAAUGGUGGUAGGCACAAUUUAACUUUGAUCAUGAAGAAUCUUCUAAAGCAGCUCACUAAAGAAGUAGCAGAAAUAGAAAUAUGCUUUGAAUGCUAUGAAAUGUCUAAUAAGAAAAUGGCAAAGAAUUGGUUCUGCGUUCCUUGUAGUAAAUUACACACGCUUGUUUCUGCUAAACUCAAGGGAUUUCCGUAUUGGCCUGCGAAACUUUUGCGAAUUGAUAAAGGGCAAGCAGAUGUUCGUUUCUUCGGCGAACACGACAGGGCAUGGGUUCAACUAAAUUCGGUAUAUCUUUUAACUAAACAAAAUUUUACGCUCACUCCAAGCGAAAGGAAGCUACCUUGUGCUGAUAGUCUUCUAAGAGCAAUCGAAGAGUUGAACGAACACAUUAGAAUUAUUGAGCAGUUGAUUGGAAAAUUCCUAUACGCCGAACCAAAAACUCCUUUAAACGCAGAAUUUGAUUAUGUUCAGGUGGAAAAACGAAAGGAUAAUAGGAAAAGAAUUAUAGAAAAUGGUUCAAGUGAGGAGAGGGAAGUGAAUGAAAAUUACGAUCAUAAGAAAAAGAAGCCUAAUAAUGAGUUUGAACAAGUUCCGUCUUUAGGUGACGACGAGGAAGUACAUUCGAGUUUUUUAGAUGUGUUACUACAGAGAGUUUCGAAAAGGGAAUCAAUCGAAACAAAUCAUAUCGAGAAAGCUGAAAAUACAUCAGAAAUUGAAGAAAAUGUUCAAAGGGAAGAUGAUAGACCACCCCUAUUCCAUAGAUAUAACUCUCUAUUGAAUGAACAAAUGACUGCAACACUAAAAGCUUUAUAUGACGAUUUAAAUACAGCUUAUAGAAGAAGAGAAAAGGCUCUAAAGCAAGAAUUUAAUAGAGUCUUGAAAAAUGUUCAUCUACACCAUCAGAAAGUUAUUGCUAAAUUGAAGAAAGAACAUGCCACAGAGAUAGAACGUCUUCAAAAUAAUACAAUGGAAUCUGACGUUGAGUAAAUAAAUUAAUUAAGCUAAUCAAUCUUAGAUAGUUUCAUAUAAUUAUAAAAGAAGAGUCAUACACGCAUAUAAAUUUAUAUAUACUGUAUAUACAUAUUUAUUGUAAAAUGUUAUAUUUGUUUGCAUGCUACAGGACAAACUGAUACUUCUUUGUAUGUUAUCUAUAAGAAAUUUUUCGAUGUAGUGUCUCUACUAUAGUUUAUGUAUUUUAAUUAAUUAAUGUUAUAUUUUUGCGAAUUUUGCCCUUCAUUUACUGACAAACAAACAAACAAACAAUAAAGGGUUUUUUUCUAUUGUUUCCGUUCUUUUCGUAUUAAACAAAAAAUAUAUAUACAACAUACGC